AGUCCCGUGGAGAAGGCCGGAGAGUGGUGUUCCCCGCCUCACAGCCAAUGGUGGGAGCCUCCAGUGGUGCUCACAGCUCACACGUGGGAUUGAAGCUCGGAGUCGCCACCCGGACCCACGCCAGGGCCGGGACAGGGACCGCCAUUCCUGCAGCGGCUUCUACUCCCGCCCCGCUCAGCCCACAGAGGGCAAUGGCGGCGCCCCCGCUGAGGAGACGGGCUGAGGUUUGCGUGACCUUUGAGGACAUUGCCCUGUACUUCUCCAGGGAGGAAUGGAGCCUCCUUGAUGAGGGUCAGAGACAGCUGUACCUGAAUGUGAUGCUGGAGAACUUUGAACUUCUAUCCUCCCUGGGUUUCUUGGCCAUCUUAUCCACACUGCAGCCCAGGCAGAGCUGACACUUUGGAUGGCAUCAGCAGCAGAUGCUCUUAAGUAUGAGUGUCUGUUUUGUGACAUUAACUUUGAACAGUAAUGGAUUCAGUGGAGGCAGGAUAGAGGCAGUUAGAGACUUGAGCAACUUCUACAAGCUACAUUUGACCUGAAGGAGACACAUGCCAAAAGUCAUGAAUGAAGGAACAAUGCCUGCCAUUCAGAAAGAGCUGGUCCUGUAAGAAAGAUAUACAAAACCAGCCACACGGGUACAUGAGAAACAAACUUGCCCUCAAAAUAACGUCCCAUGAAGUCGCUUAAGGGGCCUGAGUAUACUUGGUGUCUGCUUGGGCUAUUUGCCCGUAAAUCCAGUCCUGGAGUCAGCUGAGGAAAUAGGGGAUAAUGGCCUUGGAGCUUAGGUACUACAUUACCCAGAAGGCCCCGCAUGGAAUGCCAUCAGGUUGAACCAAUGGAGGCUCAGAGAAGGCUUUUCCGGUUGGUUACUUCUGUAGGGCGGGACCGGUAGUCCUCUUGAUGAAAUUUUGACUUUUCAGGUUUUUGUCCCAGUCGGUGAGGUUUUCCUAGUCCACAGUUCCGUGGAGAAGGCUGGAGUGUGAUGCUCCUCGCCACACAGCCAAUGGUGGGAGCCUCCAGUGGUGCUCACAGCUCACACUUGACAUUAACGCUCAGAGUCACCACCCGGACCCACGCCAGGGCCGGGACAGGGACCGCCAUUCCUGCAGCGGCUUCUACUCCCGCCCCGCUCAGCCCACAGAGUGCAAUGGCAUUGCCCCCGAUGAGGAGACGGGCUGAGGUGAGUUGAGUCCCCCAGGCCCUCACCGCCUCCUCACACAGACACCACAGCCUGGGGAGGGCGCCUGUCCCGUCCUGCAGCUCAGUCCCGCGUGGAGGACCGUGAGGAAGGCGGAGGGGAGAGAGGAGUGUUGUGUCUUCUGAGGACACAGCAGGUGCAGGGCAGAGAGGACAGGGGUGACUUCCAUCUGGAGGUCCCUGAGGAUGUGGGCUGUGAGUAUUGACGGAAAGAUCAGAGGCUGCAGGGAGGACGUCACAGACUCAUUCGGGGCUUUCCCGGCUGUGGGGUCCAUCAGGGGCCUGGGGUGGUUCUGGAUCCGGCUGUACUACAAGCUCUCUACACGCCAUAUGCCAAGUUCAUGGGCGAGUCCAGCGAGAUCCAGUGGCAUUGGAGCAGGAA